AUGACUGAUCUGGCUGCCAUCCCUCCUGACCUCCUGGGCGCCCUGGCAUGUGUUCAGGGGAAGCUGGAAGAGGCAGAGGAGAACUUGGUGUGGUUGUGGCCUGGUGUGGUAGUGCUGUGCUCAGGUCAGGACAAGGCCUACAGGAGCCCAACAGUCAGUCAAGGAAGGCUUCUUGUAGGAGGUGCUACCUCGGCUGCUGUGGAGGCUGUGAGCCAGGCUGUGAACACGCAGAGGCCUCGUGGUGGUGACCUGGCCUUCCCCAAGAGGGUGUCCCCACCCUGUGCCUUUGGAGGGGGCAAGGCCCAGUCUCCAGACAGCAAGUCAGCCCCCAGUUUGGCUUGGACCAUGGCUGCGCUGCUGCUGCUUGGGGCCGCCGCGCUGGCGUGCCUCGCCCUGGACCUCCUCUUCCUGCUCUUCUACUCCUUCUGGCUGUGCUGCCGGCGACGCAAGAGCGACGAGUGGCUGGGCUACCUGGGCUUCCUGCUGCUCGACGUUGCCAUCUGCCUUCUGGUGCUCGUUGGCCUCAUCCGCAGCUCCAAGGGCAUCCUGGUGGGGGUCUGCCUGCUGGGUGUCCUGGCCCUGGUCAUCAGCUGGGGCACACUGGGCUUGGAGCUGGCUGUGUCUGUGGGCUCCAGUGACUUCUGUGUGGACCCCGACACCUAUGUGACCAGGAUGGUGGAGGAGCACUCGGUGCUGAGCGGGGAAGUCCUGCAGUACUACCUGGCCUGCUCGCCGCGUGCCGCCAACCCCUUCCAGCAGAAGCUGUCAGGCAGCCACAAGGCACUGGUGGAGAUGCAGGACGUUGUGGCCGAGCUCCUGAAGACCAUCCCGCGGGAGCUCCCGGCCACCAAGGACCCCCUGCUCCGUGUCCAGGAGGUGCUGAAUGGCACGGAGGUGAACCUGCAGCACCUCACUGCCCUGGUGGACUGCCGGAGCCUGCACCUGGACUACGUGCAGGCCCUCACAGGCUUCUGCUAUGACGGUGUCGAGGGCCUCAUCUACCUGGCCCUCUUUUCCUUCGUCACAGCCCUCAUGUUCAGCUCCAUCGUCUGCAGCGUCCCGCACACCUGGCAGCAGAAGAGAGGCCCGGACGAGGAUGGGGAGGAGGAGGCCGGCCCAGGGCCACGGCAGGCGCACGACAGCCUCUACCGCGUGCACAUGCCCAGCCUGUACAGCUGCGGGAGCAGCUACGGCAGCGAGGCCAGCAUCCCGGCUGCCGCGCACACUGUCAGCAACGCACCGGUCACCGAGUACAUGAGCCAGAAUGCCAAUUUCCAGAACCCCCGCUGUGAGAACACCCCCCUCAUCGGGCGUGAGUCCCCGCCGCCUUCGUACACCUCCAGCAUGAGAGCCAAGUACCUCGCCACAAGCCAGCCUCGCCCGGACCCCAGCAGCAGCGGGCACUAGACCGCCCGGCCGCCGCCUGCCCCACGUGCCAAUCGCCCUGCUCCUCCCUGUGCCAGCCUUGCUGCUUACUCCCUGGUCCCCUGCCGGACCCUCCGCAUGUACGCCAGGCCCGCUGCAGGCACCUCUGUGGCCACUCGACCCCUCCUCCCCUUCCUGCAGGGCCGUGGAGAUGCCUGGCUCAGUCCUGCCGGUGGAGACGGGGCCAGGGGCCCAAACCUUCUCCUCCAGGGUCACGCACCUGGACACGGAGGGGUGCUGCUCCAAUACCUGGGCCCUCCAGCCCCUGCCGCCAUGCCCCUCAGCCCCCUGGAGUUGGGGAUUUGCAGAGCUCUGCUCUGGGCCAGGUGUGUGGUGCUGGUGCUGUCCCUGCCGCUCCGUCUGCAGCACGCCGUCCCCACGGAGCCCUGUAGUCUCCUGGGCUGGCGCCCGCCUGCCCCUGCCCUCCCACAGCUCUGCUGCUUUUCCUGCCCCCACCACGUCUCUGCACCUCACCUCUUGGUUCACAGGCAGCGCAGCGUCAGUCUCUGCUGGGCGUCGAGGGAGGCCACGGGCGCCUGCCUGCUUGGCUCCCACGUGUGUGGGGACCACUUGCCUCUCUGCGGAUCCGUAGCCCUUCCUUCUCUUGCCCACCCCGCCCUGCCCCAGGCUCCUCUUUGGUCAGUUGCCUGAAGCCUCCUGGGAGGGCCCCACUUUCUUGCCUUCUCUCCCAGCCUUGCUCUCCCCCUCAGCGCCUGCCCUGCCCAUGGCACCCAGCCCUCCGUGGCGGCAGGAGACAGCAGGUGCCGUGCUGAGCCCAGGCUGCUCGCCCAGUGCUGGCCGCCUUCUUGGUGCCAAAACCCCUCCCCCACCCCAGAGACUUGGCGGCGUCUUCUGGUUCGUUUUUUGCACUAACCACACUUGUCAUCUCUAGGGCAGGCGAGGCUGCGGGCCGAGCGGCGCCCCAUUCUCUGUUCCCUUUCCAGGACAGGCACAGUGUCCCAGAGCUGGCCUGGGGGUGGACCCAAGCUGGCUGUGAAUGUGCCCUCGGCCCCUGCCACCCUUCUUGGGACUAACCACUAACCUCACUCCAGUCUCUGGGGCCCCAGCCAACCCAGAAUUGGAGAGUGUGACUCCAGGUCCAGGCUGGAGAUGAGGCCCCUGGUAGCCCAAUGGGAAUCAGGCUGGAGACUUGGGGUGCUGCUGGGAGGUGUCAUAGACUGAGAGGCAGCCCGAGGGCCUGGAGACCACUCUCUGGGCAGGCACUGCCCUGAGGGGGACCGUGUCCUCAGGAAUGAAUGUCCCUUGGGCUGUAGGACCGAGGUUCCUGUGGCCUCGGUCUUCCUACCUGUGAAGUGGGAACAAGGCUUCCCCAAGGUGCUUUUGGCUUAGUGUACAAUGUUUGCUGUGUUUCCUGUGGGAAGGUGGGGACACCCUCAAAUCAAGACGGGAAGUCCCCUGCCACUCCCAGCCCUGCCCAGCCAGCCUGAAAUGGAGGGGCCAAAUGUGGGCUCUGGCAUCUGUCACGCCAGAGGCAGGAGGGGGCCACUUGGCAGCCACACGAGGGCCUAGGCUGGGGUCGCACAGGGGCAGGUGGGAACUGGCCCAGCAGUUUACAGACACGGGGGCUCUUUCUCCCAGAGCAGCAGGGCCGUGCCCCUCUCCUGGGGUGGCCUGGGAGAGGCCACCGUCCUUUCCUCUGUCAUCCCUUCUUUGUGCUGGUGUCUGGGACCAAAAGGGUGGGCGGGCUUGGGCCCGGCCAUAUCUACCCCCAUCCUGGGGCCUCCACCCUGGGAGGGGAGAGGAGUGAGUGGGCAAACAUGGGGGUGUCCCAGGUGGGCCUGUGGCCCUCAGCCUCCCGUCUGAGCCCUUGCACGUGGCCAAACCUCAUUGACGGGCUCCAAGCCCUCACUGUUCUGGGUCGCCCACAGUGUGGGGCGGAAACCCACCUGCCCGGUUUUCCUCUGGGCUCCACCCCAGCGGGGCAUUCCUGCCUGGGCCUCGAGGUGGGAGUUGCCGGCGGUGGUUGUUGGGGCGCCCUGCGCUCUGCCAUCGCUCAGAAGCACAAACGGCCGCCCGGCCCGCGAGGCCUCGUAAAUGUGAAACGCCCGCAGCUCAGGAGCCGGGCGCUGCGGACCUGAGCCGCUCGGGCCCCCGUGCGUCCCGCGCGUGUGCCCGCCCGCCUGCGACUCCACCGGGUUCCUCCUUCUCACCGCGGCUGAAUAAAGGAAAAGGGGGGCAAUCAAAAGGUGCAAGGCCAACCUCAGCCCCGGAGGGGAACUGCU